AGAAGAAAUUUCGUGAUGCAGCAAGAAAUUGUCGACUUUACAUCACUUUGUUCGUCUUUCCGAAAAAGUGUUUUGCUCGUUACUUUCUUUGCUGCAAUACUUCCCGCGGGAAUGGUAGCUUUCUAUCCAUUAACCGUUUACAAUCAUAUUAUGCCCAAACAAAUAUUUCGACGCAUCGAAACACAAGACUGGAUGGCUUGCCUCCAAGAGUGCCACUCAGAUGUCGACUGUUCCUCGUAUAACUUCAAAUACGACUCUUCUAAAAUAAGGAGGAAUUGUGAGCUUAGCAAAUGUGCAAUAGGAGAAGGAAUAAGAGGAAAAGAGAAUGACCUACUGUUUGAACGAGGGUUUGUGUUCCAGCAAAUUCGACCAAAUAAGAAUAAAAGUUUAUGUGCCAUUGAAGAAAAAGACAAAGUUCCUGCUUUACCAUUUGGUGGCUUAGAGGCGUCAUUGAUCCUUGAAAACUACAGUCGUCAAUAUUUGAUGGAUCUUUACAACUACCUUAAUGAUGGGAUAAAAAGACGUCGGAGGUGGAACAAAUGCUACUAUGCGAAAAAUAGAGACAUUAGUCCUGCGGAAUUUCACUCGAGAUGCGAUUCAAAAGGACCGACAGUUACUAUAAUACGAGAUUCUAAAUACAUUUUUGGGGGAUACUUUGACUCUUCUUGGAAAAGUUCUACUCAAGGUUGUGGUUGGCUGAGGGGCCCAAGAGCAUUCCUGUUCUCCUUGUAUAACAAAGACCACUAUAAACCCUAUAAAUUUAACAUAAAGUCAGACAGAAUUGGUACAACAGUUUAUGACUGUUUGUCUUUUGGUCCAACUUUUGGCCAAGGUCAUGACCUCACAGUUUAUCCCAACAGCUCAAAUUAUGGAUCUCAAUAUUUCCGUAGUUUUUCAUACGAAACCCCGCCCGGCUGCAAGUACAAGGUUUACCCAUGUACGUUUUACACAGGGAGGGCUUACUUCAGAGUUGAUGAGAUCGAGGUCUUUUAUGAAAACAAAAUAAACUCUUGACAUCAUGCAUUA